CAGUUAUCUCAAGGCUCAAGCCCUUUUCUGCCCCCCUUUUUCCCGCCACUUCCUACUCUCUUCACUCUUUAAGGCUUAAGCAUCUCUCUCUCUCUCUCUCUCUCUCACACACACACACACACACACACACAGAGUAGGCGGAGAUGUUGUGGGUCGACAAGUACCGCCCGAAAACCCUAGACAAGAUCAUCGUGCACCAAGAUGUUGCUCAAAAUCUUAAGAAAUUGGUUACAGAGCAAGAUUGCCCGCAUUUGCUGUUUUACGGGCCAUCAGGGUCGGGUAAGAAAACCCUAAUUAUGGCCCUUCUCCGGCAGAUAUUUGGGGCAAGUGCCGAUAAGGUGAAAGCUGAGAACAAAGUCUGGAAAAUUGAUGCUGGAACUAGGACUAUUGAUGUAGAGCUCACUACAUUAUCAAGCACUCAUCAUGUGGAAUUGAGUCCUGGUGAUGCUGGAUUUCAAGACCGAUAUGUUGUUCAAGAGGUAAUAAAAGAAAUGGCAAAGAAUAGACCCAUUGACACCAAAGGAAAGAAGAGUUUCAAAGUAUUAGUGCUGAAUGAAGUUGACAAGCUCUCAAGAGAAGCACAGCAUUCUCUUCGAAGAACAAUGGAGAAAUACAGCACGUCAUGCCGUCUGAUUCUUUGCUGCAACAGUUCUUCAAAAGUUACAGAAGCUGUUCGUUCUCGAUGCCUCAAUGUGCGAAUAAAUGCACCCAAGGAAGAAGAGAUAGUGAAGGUUUUGGAAUUUAUCGGGAAGAAAGAAGGACUUCAGCUCCCAGCAGGAUUUGCUGCCCGCAUAGCAGAAAAGUCAAACAGAAGCCUCAGAAGGGCGAUAUUGUCAUUUGAGACUUGUCGUGUUCAACAGUAUCCCUUUACAAACAACCAAGCAGUACCUCCAAUGGACUGGGAGGAAUAUGUUGCAGAGAUUGCAUCAGACAUAAUGAAGGAACAGAGCCCUAAAAGGUUGUUUCAGGUUCGAGGAAAGCUCUAUGAACUACUUUCUAACUGUAUUCCUCCUGACAUUAUUUUAAAGAGGCUUCUUUUUGAGCUCCUGAAGAAAUUGGAUUCUGAGUUGAAGCAUGAGGUCUGCCAUUGGGCUGCAUAUUAUGAACAUAGGAUGCACUUAGGACAGAAGGCGAUAUUUCACCUUGAAGCAUUUGUGGCCAAGUUUAUGAGCAUUUACAAAAAUUUCCUUGUUGCAACCUUUGGAUGAAGUUGAGCAUGCCCGAGGCCGGCAGAUCUAAACUGUGAAUGUAGUUGGUGAUGCAGAUGCCCAAAUUUCUGGAUUUCUUUUGACUCUUUGUUCUUUAGUUAGUUAAACAAUCUGAUUGAGUGACAGCAACGAGAAAAUUCACUGUCUUCUCCCUUCUAAUCUGUGUGUUUAUCUAUAGCUUCUUGCAGAGCUUAAUGCUCUGAAUCAAUUAUAUA